AUGGAGAGCCCCCGUCUUCGGCCGCUGGCCCUGUUGGGUGCCGCCCUGCUUUUGCUGCUACCUCUGCUGGGCGCCGGGGCCCAGGAGGACGCUGAGCUCCAGCCCCGAGCCCUGGACAUCUACUCUGCCGUGGAGGAUGCCUCUCAUGAGAAGGAGCUGAUCGAAGCGCUACAGGAAGUCCUGAAGAAGCUCAAGACUAAAAGUAUUCCGAUCUAUGAGAAGAAGUAUGGCCAAGUCCCCAUGUGCCACGCUGGGGAGCGGUGCGCAGUGCGAAAAGGAGCGAGGAUUGGGAAGCUGUGCGACUGUCCCCGAGGAACCACCUGCAAUUCUUUCCUUUUGAAGUGCUUGUGAGGCAUCCACCCGCCUCCAUAAAUCCCCACUGCCUCUACUUCCCCCAGAGGACCACACCAUCUCUGGAGUUCGCCUUU